UCUGUUUCAUACUGCAUAUCACGCCAUCAGUGGCCUCUACUUACAAAUCGGUAAUAUGAAACAAACACUUCGUCAAAAGCUUAAAAAUCAAUUUCUUCUUGGUUUUAUCCCAUUUGCAGCAACGAGUGAUGAAGUACUCCAACCACUUAUUAAUGAUAUUCAGGACUUCAAACGUGGAUAUGAAUUGAAAAUUGGUAAUCAAACUGUGUGGGUUACUGGUGGAUUAGGUGUCAUUACUAGUGACUUACCGGAAGGUAAUGAACAGGCAGGAGUAAAGAAUCACAAUGCACAUUAUGGAUGCUGUAACUGUAUGAUUCAUCAUAGUGAAUUGGAUAAUAUUAGUUUUGACACUGCGAGACAUAGUCGUUACUAUCACAAAACCAUAUUGCAAUUUUCUACCAUAAGGAGAGUUCAGACUCAAGCACAACGUGAUGCACUUGCUAUGCAAUACGAAAUGCUUCAAUUAACAUUUGAAAUCUUAUCCUCAAAAGGAGAGACCGAAUUUUUGAAAGUUUGGCAUGACUUCGAAUUUCCUUCAUAUUGGUCUCGACAACAAAAUCCAAUUACCCAUUUAGGCUCAUACUUUUUUUCUGAUUAUCUUUGUCUAAGUAUGAUUAUGCUAUUUCUCAUUAAUCGGGCAUUACAUAUCACGAUGCUAAAUAAAACAUUUGUCGAAUACAUAAUUGAGACAUGCACAAUAACGAAAAGUCAGGUUCUGGAUAAAUUGUUAGGUUUAUGGUAUAAUACUAUAGUCCAGACUGGUUGCGAAGGUAAUCAAAAAUUUAAUAUUGAUAGUUUGAAUUUUGCGACUUUAGUGAAUAUUUCAGUUGCUAUGAAGGAAAUGUUGCAUAAACUUUUCAAGGCUAUUAUCUCUCAUUCAAAUAAAAAAAAUAUAGAACUGGAUUUUAUGCGCUGUAAUAAUUGUUUGCAAGCAUUACGGUUUCUAAUGGAUGGUAGUAUUGACGAAAAAUAUGAUAAGACAACAUACUUUAAUUUUAGCAUAUUGUCAAAGGAUCGAUGUACUGCUGGCUUUGAGAAAGUUCUUAAUGAUGAUUUAUUUGCUGAACUUAGACACGCAUAUAAAGAAGAACUUGAUGUGAACCUUUGUGUUGGUGAUACUGUGGAUGUUUUAGAAGAUAUAUCAAAUGAUACAUUGAAUAAUCCAAAGACA